AUGUCAGAGAGGAAGCCCAAAAACGCAGAUACACGUCCCAAGAACCUGAGGAGCUGGAGCGCUGAUAGUUACAUCCGCAGUAUUAAAAAGCGCUCCCGUGGAUCACAUCAUGAGACAGCGUCCAGAGAGGAAGAGGGGGAGGGAACAGACGACCAGACUGUACGCUCUGCUUCUAGUCCUCGUAGACGUCGAGAGCGAAAGUGCAGCUGUACGAUCCCUGGAGAAACGGAUCCAGACUCUCCUUGCAGGAAAGCCCUGUCCCGCCGGUCUCUGAGGCAGAAGUUUCAAGACGCCGUUGGCCAGUGUCUCCCUCUUCGCAAUCACCACCACCACCAUCACCACCAGUCUGGUUCCUCACGUCCAUUCUCCGUCCUUCUUUGGUCCAAACGGAAGAUUCAUGUGUCCGAGCUCAUGGAGGACAAGUGUCCGUUUUCUCCGAAAUCCGAAUUGGCUCAGUGUUGGCAUCUGAUCAAGAAGCAUGGCACUCACACAAAACCUUCUUUAAGCAUCGAAACCGAACCCAAAGGCCCCUUGUUAUCCUCUUCUCCUCCAAAGCUCAUUUCAUGGGAAGAGAUCAGCUCUACUGGGGCUUCUAGUCUGGAUGACUGGGAUCCGUCUUUAGCACAUGGAGACACUGAGUGCUGCGCCCACACUGACUACAUCCUGGUUCCUGAUCUGCUUCAGAUCAACAACAGCCCUUGUUAUUGGGGUGUCCUGGAUCGUUUUGAAGCUGAGCAGCUUUUGGAAGGGCAACCAGAGGGGACUUUUCUGCUCCGAGACUCUGCUCAGGAUGAAUACCUCUUCUCAGUUAGCUUCAGACGCUAUAGCCGCUCCCUCCAUGCUCGAAUAGAGCAAAACGGGAAGCGCUUUAGUUUUGAUGGCCGUGACCCUUGUAUGUACAGAGAUUCCAGUGUCACAGGCCUGUUGAAGCACUACAGUGACCCGGCCACAUGCCUAUUUUUUGAGCCUCUUCUCUCUCGCCCACUAUCUAGGAACUUUCCUUUCUCUCUGCAGCACAUGUGCAGAGCGGUCAUUUGUAGCUGUACAACAUAUCAGGGCAUUGACACCUUGCCUUUACCCUACAGUUUGAGACACUUCCUUAGGCAAUACCACUAUAGAUGCAAUGGAGCUUGUGCUGUUUGAAAACUGUGACGGAAGUGAGACAAAACUACAUGUUGCUUGAUUUGACAGACUGAAAGGCACAAUAAAUGUAUUCAACACAAUAUAGUGGAGGUAGUUAACAUGCAGCCCAAAAACUGUUUAUGUUUCUAAUGCAGUUUUGUGAAAACCAAAGAUAUGCAGGGCAUCAGUUGACAUUUCUAUACUAUUAGGCCUAAGUGUUUUUUGGGCCGAUUUUCUACUAGGAUAUGUGGAUUCUCAUCUGUUAGUAUACUUUAUUUACUUAUACUUUAUUUAUACAAAAGUAUGCAAUAUAAAGUUCUGUGCCCUAGAUAUUUACGAUAAAACAGUAAAUUAAUUGAAUUAAUGGAUCCUUUUCACAUUUCUCAGAGGCGGAAGUCAUCAUAAUCGAUUAAACUUUAGGAGUUGUGAACAGGAGAUGAUGGCAAAACAUUUUGUUCUCCUAUUUACUGUAAAUCCACGACAGCUUUUCCACGAUUUUCCAAAAAUAAUGAAAAAAUAUAAAGAGAUUUUUUAAAAGCAGUCAGAAGAGAGAGUGAUGUCAAUUUUGCCGCCACUUGCUUUGUUGUUUUUUGGAACACUCUCACAGAAUUUUUUUUUUACCACCGAGUGAAUAGGCUAUAACACAAAGUGAUAUAUAUAUCACUAUAUAUGUGUAUAUAUAUAUCUAGAUGGCUUGUUAAUACCUGUGCAAACGUCAUGCGUCAUGACAUAAUGUUGCUUCAUCUAGUGACAGUUUUUCCUACUAACCAGACACCACUAGAUGGCAUACUU